GUUGCACCGGAUACGCGAAAGUGGCCUAAACACACCGCAACAUACGCAGCCAUCGUUUCGUAGAUGGACACGUAAACCAGAUACGAUGCAGUCGAUAAGUGAAUUCCUGGAAGACAUAUUACAAAGAUGUGGUGGGUUCGGAAGGUUUCAAUUUCUCAUGUACACCGUUGUCAUGGGAAGUAAACUUCCGGUCGCGUGGAGUAUGAUGAUGAUGUCAUAUGUGGGCGUCAUACCCGACUGGUGGUGCGACUAUAAUGUACCUAUAAAUAGAACAGAUAGUCACGUGACGGAGAGUCCCUGGACAAACUCCUCUUUCAAGAAAUGUUCUCCUCCAGCCAAUACGUCCGUUUCCUCUUGCAGUAGACACAGGUUUCAAAACGACAUGUACAACAUUGUAAAUGAGUGGAAUCUCGUCUGCGAUCGGGAGCUGAUCACAUCAACCAUCACGACUAUCCAGAUGGCGGGCCUUUUUGUCAGCGGAUUCUUUUCUGGACAUUUUGCGGAUGCCUACGGAAGAAAACCUAUAUAUUUUCUGUCCGUGCUGACCCUUGCUGUAACCAAUGUCAUUGCAGCUUACUCUGUGUCAUGGCAGAUGUUCGCUGUACUCCGAUUUUUCAUUGGCUUUGCCGUUGGAUGCUAUAUUGCAGUUUUCUACACCUACCUCAUAGAGUUUACACCGGCCAGAUACCGCGCAAUGACUACUACGUUUCCUAUAUGGGCAGUGUGGUGUGGACUAUUUGCCUUCGUUUGUAUGUGGCUGCAUAAUUGGAAAUACCUUCACUUAGCCACAGCCGUCACCUCAGUCCCGUGGCUGUUGGCAUGGUGGUACUUUCCAGAAAGUUUUAGGUGGUUGGUAACCCAUGGAAAAGAAGAACAGGCAGUGAAAAUCGUUAUACAGAUCGCAAAGACAAAUAGCAAAGACGUACCGGAUACGACGAGGUUGACAGACAUAGCUGACAGUGAUUCGUCAAUCAACCAAUCAAAACAAUCCUUCACUUUACGGGACAUUUUAUGCUCCAGGAAACUUCUGUCGCGGAGUUUGCUUUUGGCAGUUGGAUGGGUGACAGCUGCGUACGUGUAUUACGCCAUUUCCUUUGGUGUCCAGAAUCUUUCCGGUAAUAUCUACAUCAACAUCUUUCUCAUUAAUAUUAUUGAUAUCCCCGCCCAGAUCGUCACCUACUACAUGGCCAACUGUAUUGGCCGGAGACUGACUUGUUUGGUUUUCUUUGUGACUGGUGGCCUGGCAGGUAUCGUGGUAGCAUGCGUGGAAAUCUCAGAUAUAGAACACAAGAAUAUGAUCAUCAACGGCUUCGCUCUAACCUGUAAACUCUGCGUUGGUGCCGCGUGGACAUCCUUAAUCGUCUUCACAGCAGAGACAUAUCCCACUGUCGUUAGAAAUAUAGGAAAUGGUCUUCAAAAUUCCCUGUCAAGACUUGGAGGAAUGGUUUCGCCGUUAAUUGUUUACGUGAACAAUCGUGUACCAGGAAUAAUGUAUUUUCUAUGUGGAGGCCUCAUGCUUUUAUCUGCCUUCUGUACGAUGUUUGUACCAGAAACCAAAGGUGUACCCCUUUCCGAUACAAUCGACCAACAAAGCGAAACGGAAUCGGAAAAGGAGAGACUAUUACAAUCUAAUACCGGAAAUGGAUACCGGACUACAGUUCCGCAAGAGAGAUCUCCGUCGGUCACCAAUUAACACUGAUCAACUUAAUUAACUGUUGUUUUGACACAAAGUUGUAUGAAUCCAUUGUACAGACAUAUAGCAAGUUAUUUUGGCGCAGCAUAUAUAAUGUAAAAUUGUUGGUACAGAUGAAGCAUGGCAAAUUGGCGAAAAGAAUGACGUCAAAAUAAGUAUAGCAUUGAUGACAUUCAGAUUUCAAUAAGAAAAAGACAUUUAUUAAUAUUGUAUUUGUGUUUUAUGAGUUUGUACUAAAUAGAGGUAAAUGCGUUGUUAUUUGUAUUACAUAUAAUACGAUAUUUAUAACAGUGUUUAUUUGAAAGGUUUCCCUAAGUGCACAUGUUGGAAGUUAAAUAUAGCAUAUACAUUUACGUUUACCUAAAAACCGAGAUUUUAUUUUUCAUCAAAUAUACAAAAUACAGAGUGAAUUGUUAAUAUUAUGUAUUUACAGUUAAUACAUGUAGUUAGAGAUAAGUCACUUGCGGAGAUUAGUUCUUAGAUAUACUGUUAGACGAGGUACGAGGUACCACCUGUGUCGAAAUGCGAUACAUAUCGUGAUACUUUUAAGAACCAGACAUGUUUACAUUAGGUUUACUUACUUUAAGUUAUUUUAUUAUUUUCUGAUGAACAAAGAUCAUUUCAUACUAUUUCUCGGACGUUUUAUCCAUUAUAAUUAAGCAUUUCAUCUUGUUCUUAAAUUGAAAUUGGGAAGAUGACAGUGAUGUGAUGACGAUGAUGUAAGAGUAGGGUGUAUGAUGAUAUUCAUAUAUUAUGGAUGAUGAUGAUGAUGAUGAUGAUGAUGAUGAUGAUGAUGAUGAUGAUGAAAUCAGGUGAAGGAUGAUGACAGUGUUAUUUUAAAACGGGUAGAUGUGAGUGUGAGAGAACGUGCUAUUUUUUUGUAUAUGUAAAAACACUUAUGAAACAAAAUACCCAAAAACCGAGAUAAUCUUCAAACUGAACGAUAUAAAAGGACCUUCAUUGCAGAAUGAUUCACGUCAUUUUGGUGCAAAUAGGGUGCACAUUUUCUUUGUGCACAUACAGAACGGACUACUUUCAAAUAAAGAAGUAUCAGGGUUUACCUGUCUCUUGAUGAACCCAUAUACACAAACACAACCUUGAGUCACUCUUUAAUUGAUCGAGUGAGUCGUCAAAUAGCCAUACUGAUAGAAGUUGUUCCAUAAUGUACAUUUUUAGUAGCUAAUUAUUAAAGACAGAUGAUUUUACAGUGGUAUUUUCUCCCCUGAAUUUGAUUCUGGUGGUGAUAUAUUAAAGUAUAAAAUCGUUUUGGAAACCAGAAAAAGAACCACGACACUUUAAAUAGAUUAAUCAUAAUUUAUUGUCGAAAACCAAUGGCAAUAGGCAGAUGUUAAACUUAUUUUGUUCUUGUACCCUUUAUAUGUAAUAUAUAUAAUAAAGUGGCAUAACAUAUACAUACAUUUAUGUACAUUCCACUUACAGGUAGAAGGAUUGAACAUGGAUGAGCGGAGUUACAUAGUUUUGAAACGUACGUGUAUGCAUACUCGACAAAUAUAUGUAAACAUGUGAAAAAUAAUUUGAUGUUCCUGCCAGGGAUAGGUUCGUUUCUGAUAAAAUGUGUCUCUAAAACUUCAAUGGUUGAUAGUCAGAAGGCUACCCAAACAUGCGUUAUGGCGGUUCUUGCAAGCAAUGCACUGCUGAUAGUGUUCCUUUAUAGGCAUUCACAGUGCUUAUGAAUGCCAACUGAAAGUAGUUCAAUACUCAUAUUUUUGCCAUUUUUGGAAUUGGUUCAUCACAAACAGAACUCAGUUGACUAAUUAUGGCUCAAAUGUUUGUUCACUCUAACAGCAACUUGUACACUUCAAAAGGACAUCAAUAUCGUUUAACACGUCAUCAGUGGAGCGUAAACUGUUUUAAGAUUUUUUGCAACUGUUAUCAAUCAUUUGUUUAUUGAUUUAAUUGCAAUGAGAUAAGGUACAUACCUCAACCAUCUCCAAUGUCAAUUUCCAGUAAAACAAACCCAAAAUACGUCACUGUAAGUAUCCAUGAAUUGACCAUUGCGAUAUAACCGUUGUAGUUUACAGUGUCACCAUUAAAAGGCGAGGAAACAUAUCGAACCAGACUUAAACAAAGGAAAGCUGAGAUGAAGGUCUAUGGGUAUUUUGAAGCCAUCACCUAAUUCAAAUAAAAUGGCCAAUCAAGUUAAAUGUAGUACCCUCAAAGCACUGUCGCAUAACUUUGUCGAGCAAAUACCCCUUUCAGGGAUUUUUAUUAUAUGACGUGGUGUUUUUUUUAAUUCCCAUAUACUUUUGUCCGAUAUUUUUUGCCGUCCGCAAAUAGUUUAAAUAGAAGAUAAGCAUUGAAUCAUAGUAUGCGGCUGUUACAAUUCUUUAAAAUGGUUUGUUACAAAAUCAUCAUUAAUAUAGAUACAAUGUACCUUCAUCCUACGCCUAUUGUUUAUCGAAUAUUAAUGAGAGGGAGGUGCCUGAUCUAUCCCAAGAACGCAACUAUUAACCAAGAACUUUAUCUCAGUUAAAGCUACUCUAAAGUGCUCAAAUAUACAAUCAAUACAAUUAGCAUAUACAUUAAUUGAUAAAAUUUUGAGGAAUUC